AUGGACCAACAAAAAGAGCAGAAAAGCAUAGCCUCGCGCAUUGCUAACGCCCUCAAGUCCUUCAUGCAGGUCGACGAGAACGGAUGCCUUGCCGAGGUGACGACCGAUCUGGUCGCGCUCUUUGUAGCCAAGCUAACACCUGCUGAACAGUCACAGUUCAGCAAAUCCGCCGCCGAGAACGGUGUAGUUGAAAAUGUCAGAAGAAAACAAGCCUAUAAAUGUCUUGCCAAAGUCAGCUGUUGGUUCAGAACUGAUUUGCCCGACGUGUUCCAAGAAGUUGUGAAGUGUGAAGAGGAGUUGCAGCCUCCAAUUGCUGUGUUUAUUGGGCCAACAGUGAAGCAAGAAACAUUAUUUACUUCCGAAGAUAAGGAUCCUCUUGCAUCCUGCUGUGAUGGUGCUUCUGUUGCUACAAUUAAACAAGAGAUCACAGCAUGUUCCCCAGGUGAUGGGUGUUUUUCAUCAGAGAAAACCAACACAAUGCAGACACAACAGAGCCAUAGUUCAGACUUGGAUUGCAUCCCUAAGAGUAGCAACAGCAACUAUGACCAGACCACGCAGGGCAAGGACGAGCUCCCAAACAGCAGUAUCCAAAGGGGAAAACGAUUUAAGCGUCCCAUUUGCGAUAAGAUGAUCAGUAGAAAUGGGAAGUUACAUAGGCAUAUGCUCACCCACACUGCUAAGAAACCUUUCCAGUGUUCUAUCUGUGAGAAGACAUUAACUCAGAAAGGACACUUAGCUCGUCAUAUGCGCACCCACACCGGUGAGAAACCUUUCCAGUGUUCCGUCUGUGAGAAGACCUUCACUCAGAAAGGACACUUGGAUAAGCACAUGCGCACCCACACUGGUGAGAAACCUUUCCAUUGUUCCAUCUGUGAGAAGACAUUCGCUCACAAAGGAACCUUGGAUAUCCACAUGCGAACCCACUCUGCUGAGAAAACUUUC